AUGGCCAAAAACAAUGAGAUCCGAGAGAUGGUGGUAGACGGGAAAAAGCUUACCGUUUACCCCAGGGUGAGCAACAUUACCACCGGCGAGCGGUUCAACAGCCGAAUCGGCGCCGACACCGAUAUCAUUGGCCUCCUGGUAGAAAGCGGCGCCGAGGUGGGCCCGCCCAGCGGCUUGGAGGUCGUCUUCAAGGGCUCCAGCGGCUUCAGCAGCCUUUUCGGCCUUUUGAUCAACUUCCUACCCGUUAUCAUCUUCGGCGGCCUGAUUCUGUUCAUGAUGCGGCAAGCUCAGGGCAGCAACAACCAGACCAUGAGCUUUGGCCGGAGCCGCGCCCGCAUGUUGCCCCUCAACCGCCCCGGAGUGACCUUCGACGAUGUGGCCGGCGUGGAUGAAGCCAAAGCUGAACUCUACGAAGUCGUGGAGUUCCUCAAAUUCCCCGAGCGGUUCAUGGCCAUCGGGGCCCGUAUUCCCAAGGGUGUGCUGCUGGUUGGACAACCCGGAACAGGCAAGACGCUGCUUGCCCGGGCCGUGGCGGGAGAGGCCGGAGUCCCCUUCUUCCACAUAAGCGGCAGCGAAUUUGUAGAAAUGUUUGUCGGAGUCGGCGCGGCCCGGGUGCGGGACUUGUUUGAACAGGCCAAACGCAACGCCCCGUGCAUUGUGUUCGUGGAUGAGAUUGAUGCCGUGGGCCGCCACCGGGGCGCGGGCUUAGGCGGGGGCCACGACGAACGGGAGCAGACCCUCAACCAGAUCCUGGUGGAAAUGGACGGAUUCGAGACCAACACCAACAUUAUAGUUGUGGCCGCCACCAACCGCCCCGACAUCUUGGAUCCCGCUCUGCUCCGGCCCGGGCGGUUCGACCGCCGGGUUACCCUGGACCUUCCCGACGUAAGGGGGCGCCAGGCAAUCCUUAAAGUCCAUUCAGCCGGCAAGCCCUUGGCCCCUGAAGUCGCCCUGGAUACACUUGCCAAGGAAACCCCCGGCUUCAGCGGCGCCGACCUAUCCAACCUGGUCAACGAGGCCGCUAUCCUGGCGGCGCGUCAGAACAAGAAAACUAUAUUCAUGUCCGAGUUCGAAGAAGCGGUGGACCGAAUCAUCGCCGGACCCGAACGCAAGAGCCGGGUGAUCAGCCCCCGUGAAAAAGAGAUGACGGCCUACCAUGAAUCCGGCCACGCCCUGGUAGCCUGGAUCCUGCCCCAUGCGGACCGGGUGCACAAGAUCUCCAUAGUCUCCCGCGGCAACAUGGGCGGGCAUACAUCCCUGCUGCCCGACGAGGACCGCUACCUGUGGACCAAGAACCAGUUCAGCGACAUGCUGGCCGUAACCAUGGGCGGACGGGUUGCCGAGGAACAGAUAUUCGACGAGAUGACCACCGGCGCCAGCAACGACAUUGAAAGGGCUACCAAGACGGCGCUGAGCAUGAUCAAACGCUACGGUAUGAGCGAGUCCCUGGGGCCCAGGACCUUUGGCAAACGGGAAGAGAUGAUUUUCCUGGGCCGGGAGAUCAGCGAGGAGCGGGACUACGGCGACAAAGUGGCCGAAGAGAUUGACGAGGAAGUCAAAGGGUUAAUCGACGGAGCCUACCGCCGGGCCCAGGAAAUUAUUACGGAGCAUAAGACCAAGCUGGUUAAACUGGCCGAGCACCUGAUCCAGCAUGAAACGAUGUCCGGCGCCAACUUGGGCCGCCUGUUCAAUGACGAAGAAUUUGGCGACUCCGGAUUCGGUGUCGUAACACCGGAAGCGCCUCCGGAAAGUCCGGCGUACACCGCCGCACCGCACCACCCGGCCCCGCCUCAGCCGGCGCCCAGCCUGCCGUCCUCGCUGGACCCAAUGCCCCCGGCGUCGGUGGGUAAUGACGACGGCUAG